UGGCGGCGGCAGCAGAGGCACCAUGGCCGACGACGGCCGCCCUGCCGAGGCGCCCAGCCCACGGGGCUCCCCGGGUCGGGCGCCGCGGGUCCCGCGCGCGGUCGGGCCGGGAAGCGGGGCCAGCUGCGGGGAGACCCCUAGAACGCCGGCGCUGGCCCUGCGCUUCGACAAGCCCAUCAAGCAGGCCUUCUACAACACGGGGGCCGUGCUGUUCGUGUGCCUGUGCUGCGGCGCCGCCGUGCUCGUCUACUUCAUCCUGGAGGCCUUCCUGCGGCCACUGCUGUGGGCCGUGCUGUGCGGCACCUUCCUGCACCCCUUCAAGAGCUCGCUGACGCGCCUGGGCCGCCACUGGCUGCAGCGCCUGCACCGCGCGCACACGCCCAUCGUGCUGGCCGCGCUGCUGCUGCCGCUCUGCUUCGCGGACUACGGCGUUGAGGCCCUGGGCGAGCAGGCGCUGCGCCGCCGCCGCCUGCUGCUGCUGCUGGGCGCCGGCGGCCCGCUCCUCUACGGCCUCUACUGCCUCGGCAGCUACCUGGGCGUGCAGGUGCUGCUGGCGCACGCCGGCGCGCUCAUCUGCCGCGGGCUGGACUACUUCAGCAGCCUGUGGAUCUGGACACUGGUAGUUGGCUAUGUGUUGGCUGUCUCAUUCAAGUGGAAUGCAAGCACUGAACGCUACUUGAGAGCAGUUUCAAUUCCUGUCUGGAUUAUAUUGCUUUUUCAUUUAGCAUCCUUGGCGGGCUCAUGGAGAAUUCCAGUAUUCCUGGUUAUUGUUUUCCUGAUGUCUGUGGGCACCCUCUAUGAAAAACAAAAUGGAAAAGAGUCUUCUGGAGCGGAGUUACCAGGGCAGGUUAUCUCCAUGGCAGCUUCUACUCUGGCAACCUUGGCCAUCUCCAUCACAGGGUAUGAAUCAAGUGCCGAUGACCAGCCCUCCGACCAGCCUGCAGAAACCAUGGACACAGGAGAACCGCCCGCACCACUGUCCUCAUCUCCUUCACCUUCUUCCCCCUCCCCUACUCUGGGUAGACAGAGGGCUGAAAUGGGAACAUUUCUCAGGAAGAAGAAAACCAGUGACAUCUACUUCGUGUCGCUCGUGUGGGCCAUCGUUGGUGUCCAGCUCUGGUUGAACCUGUGGAUUGUACAGUUGCUGCCGGUGCCUGUGGCAGUCUGGAUCCUCAAAAAGCUUGUCAUUCACUUUGGAGUCGUGGACUUCCUGGCAAAACGCUGCCAGGUGUGGUGGCAGGUGGCUGAGCACUUCCUCAAGGAGCGGCAGGAGGCUCUCGCACCAUGGCCGGUUAUUGGGCUUGGAAAAUUCUUGUUAAAAGUUGAUAGCAAGAUGAUCAUCUGGUUGGAGAAGAUGUUAGACAAAAUAAUUAGCAUUUUCAUCAUAUUUUUAUUAGUGAUAGGAACCCUUCUUUUAGCCCUACUCCUGACUGCAAAGGUGCAUCAGGAGAGUGUGCACAUGAUUGAAGUCACAAGCAAUUUGAUUAAUGAGACUCUAGCAAAUCACCCUGAGUGGGCAAAUUGGCUUCCUGAAGCUCAGGUAGUCCAAAGAGCCCUCAAUUCUGCGGCUAACAACGUGUAUCAGUAUGGAAGAGAGUGGAUAACCCACAAGCUUCAUAAAAUUCUGGGAGAUAAGGUGAACAAUACUGCUGUAAUUGAAAAGCAAGUACUAGAACUUUGGGACAGAUUGUAUCAUUCUUGGUUUGUAAAGAAUGUAACGCAUUCUGGAAGGCACAAAGGACACAAGAUGCAUAUAAAUCGUCAGAAUAGCUGGCUGGGAGACAUCCUGGACUGGCAGGAUAUCGCUUCCUUUGUUCACGAGAACAUUGAGACAUUUCUUUCGAUCUUAGAGUCUCUGUGGAUUGUCAUGAGCCGGAACGUGAGCCUGCUUUUCACCACGGUCACCACCCUCCUGACCAUCCUCUUCUACAGCGGGACGGCCCUUCUCAAUUUUGUGCUAUCUCUGAUAAUUUUCCUGACCACACUAUUUUAUCUAUUAAGUUCCAGUGAUGAGUACUACAAGCCAGUGAAGUGGGUGAUAAGCCUGACACCACUAUCUCAGCCAGGUCCUUCUUCUAAUAUUAUUGGCCAGUCUGUGGAAGAAGCUAUCAGAGGGGUGUUUGAUGCUUCCCUCAAAAUGGCUGGCUUCUACGGAUUAUACACUUGGCUGACUCAUACUAUAUUUGGCAUCAAUAUUGUCUUCAUACCAUCAGCGUUAGCAGCAAUCCUCGGAGCGGUGCCAUUUCUGGGGACAUACUGGGCGGCAAUACCUGCCGUUCUAGACCUGUGGCUCACACAAGGCUUAGGGUGCAAAGCCAUCUUACUGCUGGUUUUUCAUCUCUUGCCAACAUACUUUGUAGACACUGCCAUCUACUCUGAUAUAUCAGGAGGUGGGCAUCCUUACUUGACAGGCUUGGCAGUGGCUGGUGGGGCGUACUACUUAGGCCUGGAAGGAGCAAUCAUUGGGCCCAUACUUCUCUGCAUACUCGUGGUCGCUUCCAAUAUCUACAGUGCCAUGCUAGUGAGUCCCACGAAUUCAGUGCCCACGCCAAACCAGACCCCAUGGCCUGCUCAGACUCAGCGAGGCAGGCACUGGCAGCUGACGGUACCCAUCUGCGAGACUGCUUCUGUGUACUCCCAUCUGUCUUCAGACGGAUCGACAACUAUCCACCUAAGGAAGAACGAAGGGGAAUACCACACCCUUUCCAGCCAAGCCCGGUACCGUGGCCUGUCCUCAGAGUACUCUUCUUCGGAGAAGCAUUGCCAGAACUCUCUGGGCUAGGACUUUUCAUGAUAUUUCUGAGGAUCUGAAAUCUUCAGUAGACUGACAUGGUUUCCCCCGCAGUGAUUUCUGUAGGAGGCUCCGUCUUGAUAGUGAGUUCAGCUCAGCUGUGGCCUUCUGUCCUUUCAUCCGUGCCUAGCAAGCAGAGCCCGGAAGAGAAGCAGAACCCUCCUGGCCUUCCCUACAGAAUGCCUGGACAAGAGAGAGCUCGCUGUGGGGUGCUUUCCAUUUUAAAGCACGGCUUUAGAGCUCAGAAUUGUGGUUUGCUCACUUAAUUGUUGCUAGGAUGGCUUGAAGAGUUUCGAUUUAUACACUGGUACCAUGGCUUGAAGUUUCCCACUUUGGUUAUCUAUAUUAUUAUAAUACGUAUUUAUAAAGUUAUUUCAAGAGCCCUAAACUACCUGCUGUUAAAAGUAGUUACAGUGUAAUUUUCUCCUGCUUUAAGGAAUCUGUUCUUAAACUUUUCUAUGGUCGUCACUUUUUAAUGAAGAGGGUUUUCACUUUUGAAUUUGCAGUUUCUUGAGCAGGAAAAAGGAGUCGUCUUCCCUUCUUCCACCGUGUAUGGUCCCCUUUGUAAGAAAGAACAAAUCUUAAGUGUAAGACGGGGUGGCUUAUUUGAAUGUCAGUUAGUUGUGUGUUACAGCCAUAGGAGACACAGAAAGACUGUCACCCCCCCCCCCCCACCGCCUUUCUCUUCCUUCCAUCUGCCAUUACACUAUGACCAACUUUCUAAAACUUGGUUGACCACUUUGAAGUAAAAUACUGAUUAAGCUGCUAUUAAUGGUAACAGUAUGACAGAAUUCACAUUGUGGUUCAGUUUUUCUUUCCAGAUACUUUAAGUGAAAAAUCUCAGGAGUAGCAGUUCUCUGAGUUGUUGAAUGUAUCCCUGGUUUGCUUAUUUGAAAUUCUGCCAAUUAGUUACUUAUUAGCAGUAGAAUGUUACAUUUAUGUAGUAUUUUUCCAUCACUUAGCACAGUGCCUUGCACAUAAGACUCUAGAUGAAGGCUUGUUGAAUUAUGACUUUUUUAAGUAUCUCAGAUAUCACAAUAACCAGCAUAGCGCUUUACAUCUUACAAGUCGUUUUGCGCAUAUUUUUUCACAGCCACUCCCCAUCAGCUUUCAUGUAGCUUUAUAUUAUUUUAGAACUGUUUCAUACAGAUGGGGAAACUAAGGUUCAGAAAAAUUUAGUAAGAUUUUUACCUCAAAUCUUUCUGACUUAAUAGUCUGCGGACCGUGCUGUACUGUAACAUUUCUUCCAGUAUCUUCCACAGUUUUCCUAGUGUUUGUCCUACAGUUAAUGACAUGGCUGGGACUGGAACCUAGCUCUUAGCUCUGUGCCCUUUCCACUGUAUAAUGCAAUCAUUAGGCUCUUUAUCUGUCCCCAAGGGAAUAUGGAGGAGAAAGGGUUCCUAAGUAUCAAAGACCUCCCUUUGGAAAACGAAGGUAGAAGUCUUUUUUUUUUUUUUUUUUUCUAAAACAUUGUCUCCCUAAAGCAUAGUUAAUAAUAAUUAGCUUAAAUUUAUUCUGAUAUUACUUAAGAAAUUAGGUCCAUCUAGGAAAGAGGCUACUGUGAGGGCUUGACUUUAUACAGUAGACUACAUGCAGGUCUCUUAUUUUUGCUGUCACAAUCUGAUGUUACACCGAGUGUUCCUUUGGCCACUAACUGACUCCUGCUUUUCUUCAGUCAUUUGUUCAGGAAAACUUGUCAAGAGUUUGCCAGCUCUGGUUCCCAUGCCGAGUACUGUACAGGGUGCCACAGGCAAUCAUAAGAAGCCCUUCUCUCACCUUGAAUCUUGGCCACAUCAUGUGCAUUACUAAAAUUAAAAUUUUUGCAUUAAAA